UGUGCUAUGACUAUCCUCAGCUGCGGGAUGAUGAUCUGAAGGCAGCAAGUGCUUAUCUUCGGAACAUGGCUUCCAUGAACGAUCUGAUUGCUGCUCCUUGGGCUCCUUCGGAUGCACUGCUCCGUGGCAUCCUAGCAGCUCUUGCGCCCAUGCCUGAUCACCCGCACCACGCUGGAGAUGUCGAUGCUGCCUCCAACGACGGCACCGUGCCUGAGCCUCCAAAGGCGCUCAAGGUGCUGGCGGCGGAGAUGGGCCUGACGCUGCUGACCCUCCCGCUGGCGCACUCGGCACAGAUGGAGGCGACUGCAGCUGCAGACGCUAUUGAUGCCCUGUUUCUGCGACUGGCUCCGGUGGCGGCCGCAGAUGCCGGCGAAACUGCAGCUGUUGGUGGCUUUGAUCCGGAGGCGACACCUGGCUCCGGAGCCGACGGCGCGCCCGACACUGCUGGCGAUGCCAGUGAAGAGCCAGCGGCAUUGUCAGACGGAUCGGACUCACCGAUGCUGCCGCUCGAGUCCGGGUCAAGCUCCGGUCUUGGAUGGGGCGCGAACGCUGCGCAUAGUCUCCCGCUGGACGACGAAGCGCAUCCGGCUGGUGGUGAGUGCGGGGCGGUGGCGGCCAAGCUGGUCCGCUGGGCCGCGCUCCUGCAGUCGAAUGCGAUCGGAACUGAGAUAGAGGCUGGCCGAGUGAUCGCGUUGAUGGGGCUUGCAAUGGACCACCCGCUCAACGGAGCUGAUGCCUGCCUGGAGCCGCUGGUCGAGGCGUGUGUGUGGCUAGUCCGCGACCUGGUGCUGGCGGAGCUCGUGGCGUCGCCGCAUGUCGUCACACUGGAGGUCAGGUCGGCGCUGGCAAGCCUAGUUGAAAAGCUUCUUGGAUCCAGCGGGCGAUGCCCAAGCCGGGUCAAGGCUCUGAUGAGCGUGAUGGCAAGUGUGGCGAGUGCGCCUAGUCGAUCAGGGCCGUCUGCAGUGUGUGCGGUGGCCGAUGCGGUGCUUCCAGCGGCGGCGACGCUACUGUGCGACAUUGCGGCCGAACGUGCGGAAGCGACACAGCUGCCCGAAGUUUGCACGGUGCUGGAGGUUCUGACUGACGAUCUGGACGUCGACGAGGUGGCGGCGUAUGGGAUGCUAGUGGCAUGCGAGCAGCUGAUGGCCAGCUGCGGGCACGAGGCGUGCGCGAGCGGGCUGCGGCGACUGAUGCUGGGCCUUGCUCUGCGGACGCCGGGCUUUCAUCAGCGGUUGCUCGCGUCGGCUGCGCUGCCGGACGAGGUCUAUGCGCGGCUGGAAGCCGCAGUCCCCCAUUAUGCGCUGGGUGUGGCCACCGGUCGGGCGCUGCUUGCGCCGGACAAGCACGCUGCGGCUGCGCUCGCAGCCGCACAUACCCAGGUCGGCUACAUGCGGGUCGGGCAGGUUGUGGAUCUCGGCGCAACAGGCGAGGUGCGACGGACGCUGGGCAUGCUCGGCAAGGUGCUGCGGUCUCCGGUGGUGGUCAGUGCGCUCACGGCGCCGCAUCCGGAACUGGUCGACGGGCUUGUGGUGCCGCUGCAGACACUCAUGCGUGAGGUUGCGGGCUGGAUUGCCGGCUCGAUCCGGGAGCACCAGGCCCACGUCCCGCUCGCAGAGCGGCAGUACGCGUUUACUCUCAAUGGAUACAGCCUCGACGAGCUGCAGGCCGAGGGCAAAGAGAAGGGCGACGCCAUCGCCGAAGCCAUGAGCGACAAGCUCGACUCGCUCAUUCAGCAUGAGAUGCUCUGGCUCAACCGCGCGGUCAAGGACGUAGUUCUUGCUCUCGAGCUCCUCUCCUCGGCCACGGCCGCCCCUUCGCCGGCGCCUCCCUCGACCUCCUCAUCUCGUGAUCCGUUUGCUCUCUUUGACAACCUUGACGAGCCGACGCCCAGCGAUGCAGCUCCGACUGCGUUUUCAUCAAAGAACGACUGA